UCUCAGUUUCCUGUUAAAUAAAGAAUUGCUUGUGCCAGUGGAUUUUUACACAGUUCACACGCUCACAAAAUGCUGAUCGCCUCAGAUACAUAAGGACCCAACUGAGCCAGCAAUACCUGUAAAAUCAUGGAUCAAGCCUAUAUGGGCAUGGAAGAAAUAUCAGGCAGCAACAUAAAGCUGAGAAGGCUGGUAGAAACUUCAGAAGACAAUUAUAUCGAUGAUGAAGUGAGUCAAACUGUGCAAUGUGAAACGACUGGACUUGGACUCCCAGAGUCUGAAUUUAUAAAGAAGAGUUACUGCAGAGCUGCUGUGAUUCUUCUGGGUCUGCUGUGUCUUUUCCUCCUGAUUGGAUUCAUAACUGUGGUUUUUCUCUUCACCCAAGGCAAAUCUCCUGGUGAAAUGGACACAGUGUUGCUUCACAGGCUUUACAACAACUUGACCAGCGAGAGAAACCAAUUACUGACCAGUUACAACAACCUGACAACCAAACGAGAACAGUUACUGACCAGUUACAACAACCUGACAACCAAACGAGAACAGUUACUGACCAGUUACAACAACUUGAAAACUGAAAAGGACCAAUUGCUGACCAGUUACAACAACAAAGUUAAAGAGAGAGACCAGCUCCAGACAAGAUUUGAAGACAUGACCAAAAAUAGAGACAAUCUUCAGAGAAAACUUCAAGAUUGCCAAGGAAACUGGGUGGCCUUCAGUGAUAGUUUGUACCAAGUGUCUUUGGAGAAGAAAUCCUGGGAAGAAAGCAGACAAGACUGUCUUCAAAAAGGUGCACACCUGAUGAUUAUCAACAGGCGAGAGGAACAGAAUUUUGUGAACCAGUUCAAGAAGUCUUUGUGGAUUGGACUGACUGACUCAGAGACAGACGGAAGAUGGAAAUGGGUGGAUGGGACUCGCAUGACCACAAGCUACUGGAAUAGUGGUGAACCAAAUGGUGGCAGAAGUGAAAACUGUGGAGAAGUAAGAUUUUACGACUCAGAAAACAGCUGGAAUGAUGCACCAUGUUCCAUUGAAAAAUUCUGGAUAUGUGAGAAGAGAGUUUCUCCAUAACUUAACAUCCAUGCCCAACAAAUAGUGCAGAAAACAGAGCCAUGAGAUCAACUCCUGAAAUGAAGCUGAACAGAAAACAGUGGCCACUUAGGCUACGUCCACACAUACACGGGUAUUUUUGAAAACACAGCUUUUUCUAUGCGUUUGGCCCUUUUGUCCACUGAAAACUGAGAUUUUUAAAAACUCCUGCCAGGGUGGAGAUUUUCGAAAAACUCAGUUUUUGCGUUUACAUGUGGACGAGCAAAAUGGAGAUUUAGCCACGCAACAUCAAAGGUGUGCACCUUUUUUAACAUCAGAUCUGCAGUUUUUACACGCUUACAUAUACACACACAGUUGCUGCCCCUCCACUUGGAAAGACAGAGUGAACUUUGGACGUAGCUUUUACAUUCAACACAGACACUCUCACAACAAGUGUAAUAUUAAGGAAUAAUUCCACCUCACUGUCUGUCCACACAUAGGACUCAUUUCUGCUUCUAUGCGCCAUCUUUGUUUACGCUUACCCUCUCAGGCAUCUAGACUUCUGAUUGGCCAACAUUUCGACACAGCAUUAUAUCAUAGAGAUAUUUUAUAAAAAUGCAUGUGUGGAAGAUGAUUCUUUUUUUUUUUAAACGAAAAUGGAAAAUCUCCACUUACAAAAAUACCUGUGUACGUGUGGACAUAGUCUUAGAUGGAAACAAGUUUAAAGGGUUUUCGCUUUGCUUUCUAAAUCAAGAAUAUCUUUUGUUACUAUAUCCAGGAUCUUUAAUCAGCCGGCGAUCUGCUUUGGUGUGACUGGUCAUGACAAUUUUAAGACGUGUUAGAUUAAAAAACUUGCUCAACAAUCCCAUGCUCAAAAAUUCUCAUCUUAUAGAAAAAUAUUCUGUUAUCAUAAACUUUCCAUCUGUAUUUACAAUUUAAUCAUUAAAAUGUUGACAAUUUGGACUUGUUUUACUCCACCUGACUCAUUUAUUGAGGAAAGACUGAAGAUUUGGGAAAAAAUCCUCUCAGUGUGCUGUGCAAAAAUGCAAAACCCAACCCAAGUUUUCGCUCUCAUUUAUUCAUUUCUAAUAUUGUUCAUCCUAGUCCUAGUGAAAGUCUUAACAUAUACAGCUCUGCCUCCCAUGUUUUUGUUAGUGCACAAACCAUAACCUGAACCAUACAUCACAGUAGGCCUGCUGCCAUCUUGUAAACCUUCCCUUUCACGUUUCCUGCUAUUCUUCUGUCCCAAAUCCCACCUGACACUAAUCUCCACUCACUCUCCAGUGCACUCUGAAUUGUUAAACCCAGGUAUUUAAACUCAUAUAUCUUUACUACCUCUACUCUUUCUAUCCUCACUCAUUCUGUCUUACUUUCAUUCCUCUUCUCUCUCCACCUCUCAAUAGUCUCUUCCACCUGGUCCUGCUCUCACUACAGAUAAGUGUCGUCUACAAACAUCAUUGUUCACAGAGACUUCUGCCUGACCUGAUUUGUCAAUUUGUCCAUCACAACCGCAAACAAGAUCUCUGAUGAUGGGCUCAGAGUAGAUCUCUGAUGCCCUCCAUGCCCACCUUUAAUCCGUCUGUCACUCCUAUUCCACUCCUCAUGACUAUCUCACUGUCCCACAUUACCCUUUGUUCUUCUCUGCCACUUCUGACUUCGUGCAAUACCUCAGCUCCUCUGUUUUUUCUAAAUUCAUAAAAGACACAGUGCACCUCUUCUGACUUUCUCCAUACCGAGAGAAGCACUCUCACAGCAAACAUCAGCCUAUAGUGCUUUUUCUUGGCAUAAAGCCAUACUCCUGCUUGCUAAUCAUUAUGUUGCUUCUUAACCUAGCUUAAAGAUGGUAUGGUUCAUCAACUUUAUCCCUAUUCAAUCUUUUUUCUUGCAAGUACCCAACAAUCAAUAAAUGCAUCCAAGUAUAUAAAUUUACCGAAUAUUAUCAUUCAGUAAACUUGUAUACAUCAAUAAUAAACACAGUUGAGACAAUUAAAGCAGUA